GCACCUUGCAUUUAUUCUGAAGUUAUGGAAGCACUGAAACUUCAACCAGGAUUGUCUUUUCUUAACCUGGGAAGUGGAACCGGAUAUUUAAGUACAAUGGUGGGCUUAAUUUUAGGAAUGGUGCCAGGUUUUUGUUAAAGAUACAGGAGUAUGUGGGAUCCAGAGGAUGUUUCACUGGCGGGCAACGCAAAGGACUGGGAAAAGGAACACAGAAGAGAGAAGUAUAUGUCAUUAAGGUUCCAGCAUACCUAUUACACAAUCUUCAGCUCUGCCAGGUGUUAUUCUGGCGUGUGAUCAAAAGGGACAAAUAUCUCUGUCUUCGAGACAUUUAUGGCUGCUUACUAGGAGGGUCCUUUUGGAAUAAAUCAUGGGAUAGAGCUUCAUUCAGAUGUGGUGGAAUAUGCCAAGGAAAAACUGGAGAGCUUCAUCAAAAAUAGUGAUAGCUUUGAUAACAUUAUUGUCUCUUCCAAAGAACCCUGCCUUCUCAUGAUGUCAUGAAGUGGGACCGCUUCAGUUUUGUCAUUUUUGCCUCCAUCAAUGUUUCAGGCUUGAUUUGCCCCAAGACACUCUUGUUCAUCUUGGUGGUGGUCCAGGGUAUCUAGAUGGACACUUUAUAACAACAAGCAGCAGUCAGCUCCUAGACCUAGACUAUCCGUCUAAGAGGGAAGCUGCAGGGCAAGGCUAGGUCACCCUGAUCUCCUAGCAGCUUAUCAAAAGAAUUAUAUGGGCAAGUUGGCAAGGUCCCUGCUGUGAACGAAAUCAUCUGUCCGUCUCGAGAUGAAGAUAUUCCAACAUGCACCUGUAAAGAAAACCACUGCUAAGGACUGGAAUAGGUGAUGAAGAUACAGUUAAUUCAGCAGAAAUUUUCAGACAGCAGGAGACCAGGAGAAUGUUUCAAAGGGAUGCCUGUGUUAAGGAGACAGUCUUUGCAGCUCCUGCUGACAGAUUUGAAUUUUGUGAACCUGCAUUUGUGGUUGGCAAUUGCCUCCAGAUAGCAUCUGACAGUCAUCAGUAUGAUCGAAUCUAUUGCGGAGCCGGAGUUCAGAAGGACCAUGAAAACUACAUGAAAAUAUUACUGAAAGUUGGAGGCAUUCUAGUCAUGCCCAUAGAAGAUCAGUUAACACAAAUUAUGCGAACUGGACAGAACACUUGGGAAAGUAAAAAUAUUCUUGCUGUUUCAUUUGCUCCACUUGUGCAGCCAAGUAAGAAUGACAAUGGCAAACCAGAUUCUGUUGGACUCCCCCCUUGUGCUGUCAGAAAUCUGCAAGACUUGGCUCGUAUUUACAUCCGCCGCACACUGAGAAACUUCAUAAAUGACGAGAUGCAGGCCAAGGGGAUUCCUUCAAGGGCUCCGCCCAAAAGGAAACGAAAGCGAGUUAAACAGAGAAUUAACACCUAUGUGUUUGUGGGCAACCAGCUGAUUCCUCAGCCACUAGACAGUGAGGAGGAUGAGAAAAUGGAGGAAGACAAAGAGGAGGAAGAGAAAGAUCUCAGUGAAGCCAUGAAGCCAGAGGAGCCCCCUCAGAAUCUGCUGAGAGAGAAAAUCAUGAAGCUCCCCCUCCCUGAAUCUUUAAAAGCUUACUUGACAUAUUUUAGAGAAAAAUAAUUUAAAUCACGAAGAAAGAAUGCCUACUGAUAAUUCCUAUAGUCUUGAAAAUGUAGCAUUUGUUAGAAGUUAAAAGAGAGAGACAUCUCUUUUAUCAGAGCAAAUUAUAGUGGGAAAAAAAGUAUAACUUGUUCCUCUCAGUAAUAAAAAUGAUGUAUUCGGUGAUUAAAAAGAAUCCCUUUUAUAAAAUAUAUUUUUCUUUAAAUCUUGGAAAAAUUGCUGUUUUAACUCAGAAUGACUUCAAGAGUGGAAUACAACAAUAGUCAAGAUUUUGUGUACUGUAAAUCUUUUUCUGAUUUCCUGCGGAUUUGUAGUAGUGAGGGUCAGACUUAAUUUUAUAUAAAGUUAAAUGUUAAGCAUAUAGAGUCUUAUUUGAACUGCAGUUGUCUGCCUUUCCUCUGUGGAAACUGAUGCUUUGUAGACCCACUCACCUUACUUUCCUUUGCAGUCACCACUGCGGAGUGACUUAGAUGUAUUCCGGGCAAUAUAUGAGUGCAAUAACAAUACAGAUAUUGAAACAUUUAGCUUUAAAAAAUGUUCCAUGGAAUUCAACAGCACUGCUACUUUGCUUUUGAAUCUAUUGCCAAAAGACAUGGGAAAAAUACCUGCUUCUCUCGGAGAGAUUUUAAGAGCACACAUCAAGUGAAUAUUCAAGUAAAAAGUAUAUGCUUAAUACUCUUCAUUUGUAUGGACCCUUUACAUUUUCAGUAUUUAAAAAUAAUGAGGUUGUAUUACUCUUUGGAGUUUUAGAAGACAGUAUAUUUAGGAUUUUUUUUUCUAUAGUCCACUGUAUAAAGUAUUUGGUUUUUAAAAAAUCCAUUGUUGUAUAUGACUUGAUAGCACAGUGAGGGAAUGAAUAAGCUUGAGUCGUGGCCACUUCUGGGUCGUGCUCAGGAGCAGGCCAGAGCAUAUUGGGUUGGCAGGUGCACUUCAGCAAACGGAGCUUGGAACUCAUUGGGGAUUUGUCUUGACCUAGCUAGCCUACAUUCGCUUUGAAGUUCAUUUUCGUAGUAUGAGAAAUAAUCAUAAAUUGUAUGUAGAUGGCUUUUGCUUUGAAAAUGUAGUUCAGAAUCAUAGUGUGUUUGGGACCUACAUUGUGCUCAUUUAAUUUCUUCCCAUGUCUGUUGUUUCUAGGUAAAAUUAUAUUGAUUUUCAUUUUUUGCUUAAUGUCACAUAUUUAUCAUUUGUUAGUAGUAGCUUUUCAGUAAUAACACAGGUAGUAAAUGCCAUUUUUAGUGUCUUUUCAUCAUACUAGGGCCUGAAAUCAGUCAUUCCUUGUUAAGAAGAUAUACAAGUUACAUAUUUAGUAAUCCGUGUUACAAGGAUUAUUUAUUAUUUAAAAGGAAAAAAUUGAGAGUAUCACUUAUUACCACCAGCAUCACUGUUACAAUAGUUGAUCGAACAUGCUUGAGGAAACCCAGUCAGUGUGUCGUGAAAGGAUUAAUAUCUCUCCAAAUAUUCAACCUAGUAAUACAUAGAUAGUUUCAAAAAUCCAAGUUCUGGGAAUUCUAUACGUCCAAAAACAAGCAUUUAAAAUAUUCUAAGCCUAAAUGAUCCCAAAUAAAUGAGAAUAUGUUAGUCAUGUAAAAGAUAAUUUCAUGGAAGCUGCUUGUUUUGUUAUUUUUUCCCCCUUUAUUGAUUUUAGAGAGAGGAAGGGAGAAGGAAAGAGAAACAUCGAUGAGAGAUAACAUCAAUUGGCCACCUCCUA